CAGCUGAUCUCUCCCUCAGUGUGGAUUUUGAACGCUUCUUUCCGCGAUCGGAGCGCUUCGAAUGAAAGUUGGAGCAACGGAAAAUUAGGUCUUUGAAUUACCGACGAUGCGAAUAAAGAUCCUCCCUGGAAUAGGGGCAGCACGGAGGAAAUAAAAGCAUUGUGUUUCUUUGAAAAUCGAUAUCCACUGAAAAAAAAGACGAAGAAAAAUUAAAAAUUUGUGAUCGAGUAUCCACGAGCCAGAAUGUUCCCUCUUACUCGCAUACUCUGUCCUACAGUACUCCAUGAGCAUUCUACUUGAUAUCAGAUUUGUGCUCCGAGACGGAAUCGGCUCGUGUACUUUAUUCUUUAAUCAUAACGGGAUCACUUGAUGCAUUCGAAAAUUCAUUUCCAUCGUCAAGUGUCCCGAAGAGUAUCCGAGGAGCAUUCCACAGGCAGAUUCCGCGCGGUGAGGUUGGCAGCGCCGAACAUGUAGGCGUGACGCGCGGAACGCCGCGAACCGGACCGAGCCGAACGUGCGGUGCGAAGCGAAACGUGAGGCUGCUCCGCGUUGUCUCGCAGAUAUCGAUUGGUCCCGGCGUGGGCUCCGCGCGCGUCAUGCGGCGAUCAUGAGCGGCGUGCCCCCGCGCGACGACGACGACGACGACGACGAAGCCCGGACCGCGAACGCGCCGCGGUCAAUCUAGCGCGAAGGUUUGUCAAUCUUGUUGCUUUAGAGUAUCACUGCAUUCUUUCAAUCAUAAUGGACCAUACAAUGAGUACAAGCGAAUAUAUGAAUAUGGACAUCGUAAGGCAGUCACGUCGUGCCUGUGGUUCCUUUUUUCAGGGGGUGAUGUGGGAAUACCAAAAAUUCUGGCUACUAUAGGCUUACCAAUCUAGUACAGCUAAAACAGAUAAUAAUCUGACAUGGACUCCCCGCCGUCAUGUUCACUAAGCGCUGGGCCUCUCAGUGAUCUUGGUAGCAGUGGUUUGGGGGGUUCAAUUUCCAGUGAUUCUGUUCGGGCACAUCUUGCGAUGGAGAUGCAGGAGAGUGACAUAGAGAGCAAGUCCCUAUCGCAAGAUUCGUUUGAUUAUUCGGACGGCAUGUGCGGCGAGAACUUCAACACCCUGAAGAAGGGCCCGGGUUGGGGCGACGCGGAUAGUAAGCUGGAAGUUGAAGUGGUCGAUGUGGCGAUAAAGCCGCCACCGGAAUUUCAGGACAGUCCAUCGCCACCGGACUCGGAAUCCUCGUCGGCACCGAUCCUGAGCUACGCGCGACUGAUGAGACGCAGAACGCCACGCUGGAUGGACGACUACGCCGAUAAUCUGGUACACAUGGUGGUGGAAGAGGCACUGGCAAUUUCCUGCCGCAUCUCCUGGCCCGAGGGAAGGAUUGCGCCUGCUGUGAAUCGAAUUCCGGUGGUAACCCGGGCCCAGCAAACCAAUCCUAAACGCAUGUGGGACCUAAUGACGCCACCAGUGUGCCAGGGCGCCGCUACCAUCACCAUCACCCCAUAUAAUACGCUGAACCGGCCGAAUUCGCGUUGCUCGCUGGCCUCCUCCCGGUUGUCCAGCUCGCACAACUCUAUCAAUACUACCGGACUCGGUCACAAGGCCGACGACAGCAGUUUUAUUACGUCCGCGAUGUCGCAUGAUGUACUGACCACCAGUGAGAUCAGCGACAUGUACAACGUCCCGUUCGAUUCGGAUAUCUACACGGUACCGAUCGACGUGGUGCGACCACUGCACGAUCUGCGGACGCCACAGCGACCGAAACGGCAUCGGCAUCACCGCAAGAGGCGGCGGAACGUUUCCGCGAGUUCGCAGAGCGAGUUGGAGGCGCAUAUCCAGCAAGCGCGCCACUACUGCGGCAAAUCACGUGCCAUCACGCACGUCAUCAAGUCGCAGCGCUUGUUGGCUGACGUGUGUUGUAACGAGGGUAAUCCUGGUGUUAGUGGCGGCGCCGGUAGCGGCAGCGGUGGCGGCAGUGCUGGUGGUAAUGGUGGUAAUGGUGGUAAUGGUGGUGGUGGCAAACGACACAGCGUACCGGGUACUUCCGGUCGGCAUGGUGUCAGAACAUCGAAUGGACACGCGCACAAUAUCGGCGAGCCGAUCCACAUGACGUUACACGAGGUGCGACAGUACCUGCAGACGCUCUAUUCGAGCUCCAGUGACUCCAGUGAAAAGAUCAAGCGAGACAAGGCGCCGCUGCUAGGCCACACUCCCGUGCACCUCGCCGCGACGCCUAAGCCCCUCAGUGUAAAUAACAAUAAUAGGUAUAACAGUAACGCACAUACGGACUCGUCCACGGACACGCCAGUGUCCAACAAGAGCACCAGCAACGGGCUGAUGAUCCAUCAUCAUCACCACCACAACAACAAUAAUAAUAAUAAUAACAAUCACAAUAACAACAAUGCGAAAAAGCACAAGCGGAACGCGUUCGUUGGUAUCAGACACAAAAAGGCGCGCGACGAAUCGCACAAGGACAAGAGUGAGUCUGAACGAGAGAAGAUGAAGAAGAGCCAGCGUAACUUCUCGUUGAAUCUCAAGCAAACGCUCUGCAAUAUCUUUCGAUUCCGGCGGCUCGGCUCUCCGGAGAGAGACUUCGUGGAGAAACGGAACAGUAUUGUGCAGGGAGAGAUCGUUGAGGAAGAGGAGGGCGUCGACUCCGACCAGCACGCGAACAACAACAAUACCGCUCCGUCCGAGACGGAGCCGUCCGCACAGAAGCUGCCGUUCUUCAAGCGCGCCUUACCUCCGCUGCCCAAGAGCAACGGCCAAGUGAGCGUGGAGCAAGCGGAGGAGGCUCUUACGGCGAUGGCGCCCAAGUGCGAGUCUCCGCCCUCGCAGGUUCAGCAGCAAGUUCCGCCGACCGCCGCGCGAGUCGAGGAGGACGUCGUGGAGGACACGAGCAUGGACUUUGCCGCCAGCAUCGAGAAAGUGAAAGAUUAUGGAUGGUACUGGGGACCUAUAUCUGGAGAAGCGGCGGAGAAGAUACUAUCCAAUGAACCGGAUGGCUCGUUCAUCGUGCGGGACAGUAGUGACGAUCAUUACAUCUUCUCUUUGUCGUUUAGACUUAACAGUUGCGUGCGACACGUAAGGAUAGAACAUGAUCAGGGUAACUUCAGCUUCGGCAGCUGCACGAAGUUCAAAUCGCACACCAUUGUUGACUUCAUCGAGAACGCGGUCGAACAUUCGCGAAGUGGUCGCUACCUCUUCUUUCUGCACCGACGACCGGUUCUAGGACCGAUGCGAGUGCAGUUGCUGCAUCCGGUGUCGCGAUUCAAACAGGUCCAGAGCCUGCAACACACUUGCAGAUUCGUCAUCCUUAAGAUGGUGCGCAGGGACCUGAUCCCGACCCUGCCGCUACCUCGCCGGCUAAUCGAUUAUCUCAGCACGCCCCAUUACUACAGCGAGCAAUUGGCAGCCGAGCAGGAUGACCGGGCCGAGUCACCUGUCAGUUCGUCGACUGGCGAAUUGGAAAAGAUCUGCUUCACACCGCAGGGCCUGUCGUGAGGUACAGCCGUGUGACUUUUUCUUCCUCUGCUCCGCUCUCUGUGCAAAGACAUUCGCGCCGAACGUCGUCUCUGACGUUAACGCAUAAAAUUUAAUUCGCGAUUCCAUUGAAUUUUCACGAAUGUGUAAAAAUUUACAUCGCCGCUUCAUUCAAUUUCUGCUGACGCCCGAAACUUUCGUAGAUCGCUCAGUUAGGUUUUCGCUGACGUAGAAUUUAAUACGUGACCCGUAUUAAUACGUUACUGACGUAUGCUAAUUUCACUCGUCAUUUAAUUAAUGUUUUCUUUAUAUCUAAAAAUUUAUUAUAUUUUUACUCGACUGGAUUUAUUGACGGGUAAGAAUUUAAUUCGCUGUUAAAUUAAACUGCAAUUAACAUAGAGGAAUUUAAUUGAUGAUUUAAUUAAAUUCUUGUUAAUGUACAGAAAUUUAUUUGAUUAUUGAAUUUUCGUGAAAUUUAAUGCUUGAUUUAAUUAGAUUUUUGUUAUCGUCGACGUGACGACGUGACAUAAGAUUAACGAUUUUGCGCCUGUGAUUUUGGUUUCGACGAUUUGCGGCGUAUCGAUUCGUAAAGUGAGUAAUGUGAUCAAACUUGAAAGUAGAGGAAUGUAGAGGAAUUUCCCUAUGCACCAUAUAUUUAGAGUUGCAAGUUAUGGUCGUCGCAAAUUACCUGAUUUAAUUAUCGAGUAAAAGAGAAUCGAGUUUAUUCCGUUUCCACAAAAGCUACGAUAUUUACUGCGAUGUUUUCUGCAUGUGUGUUAAUAUGAUACAUUUUAUAAUUAACUCGCGUUUCUUUUCUAUGCGAGUACGCGAAAACGCAAUUCUUUACAACUCGCAUCGCAGCUUAAAAAUGGUUAUAAAAUUGCUUGCGGAACGGUGAUUAAACAAAGUGACUAAUUCAGAAGAAAAUUGUGACUAAACCAUUUCUUGAUUUUUUAUCGCGUCUUUGUAUAGCACUUUCAGUUUAGUUGAUUUCGGUCGACUGUAACGAAUGACAAAAUUAUAUGUGACAUAAGCAACGCACAAUUAUCCGUUUAUACGUAUAUAUAAGUACAUAUAUAAAUAUAUAUAGAUCUAGAGAGAGAGACACACAUAGUGGUCGAAUAAAAACUCUUCUUUGUGUGCCAUACUCGCAUUCUUUGUUAAAGCUUGGGCAAAUUAAUGUUGGAGUUUCGAGUUUUGAACUUUGAAAAUUUUAUUCAGUGUCUAUUCGUUGCAGCCGAGCUUCCGAUUAAAAGCGAUAAUAGACAUAGAGCGUCCAUAUAAUCCAGAAUGUAUUUCGAGUCCAUUUAGUUAAAUCAGACUGACUACUCGAAGAUCAACUCGACAAACUGAUCAGAACAUGGGAAUGAAUGACAUAUUGCCCUUUUUCAAAUUUUCUUUUACGAAUCGAUUACGCAAAACCAAUGAAAGUUAUCUCGAUCAUAAAAGCACUUACAAGUAUAUAACCAAUGGAAAUUCUGGCAAUAUAUAAAGGGUAGCUAAAGUCGCGAUGCGCAAUUUGAGCGUUGCACGAUUUCUCGUUCAUUUGAGUAAUCAAUUUAAGAUCAAUUAAUGUGACUUUAGUUGAUGGAAAAACUCGAGCAAGGCAUUGAUGAUUGCUAUGCAAUGUGCUAUGCAAAAUUACUGUAGCCUUCAGUUUCGUACAUUGCGAAAUUAGGAUAAUCGUGCGUUUAUUUUUGUGCUCGAACAAGCUUUGAGGCACAACGUCGUGCAAUAACACACAUCGAAAUUAAUCGGAGAUUAUAGGAGACACCGUAAUUCUAUUUAUGUUGUAUUCUUCUUAAGUUUCCGUUUUUUCAAUUGUACAUACACAUAUUAUUUCAAUUGUUAUUUAUGCUCUUACGAGUUAUAAGAAACCGAUGGAAUUUCCAGAUUUGUUCCAAGUAGAGACUUAUUCCGACCAAUUUUCAUCUUUCGAUGUUGCCUAGAGCUUAACAACGUGGCAUUAGUAUCGCAAUAGACCUUUCGAAGGAGGGAAACUUCCUGUUGCAACUUGUAGCCGAAUAUCCGUACGUAGUACUCCCUGUUUUCGUUCGUUCACCGUUAUCGAGGAGUGGUUCAUUAACUGAUUUAUUACUUCGAGAUAAACGUGAGAUUAGGAUUGUCCAGAAAGUGUCGCUUGAAAUUCCAGUUUUGCGCUUUGGCAAAUUCACACGUACACAUACACACGUACACACAUGCGUGCGCGCGCAGCAGACAAAUUUUGUACCCAGUAUCCACCAGGUAGAUUUUGCAAUACGAUUACUAUUAAUAUUAACGAGAUCGUCCAGAGGACUAUGCGAGUCCUGCGUGGGGUUCGCGAGGCAUGUGCGUAUAGUUAACAAUUAAUAACGGCACCACAGAGUACCUCAUAGUCACAGAGGGAGGUAUACGUAUAUAGAGCAGAAUUAGUAAGAUUUUAUAACGAGCGUACUUACGUCGGCAUAAGUUGCACACAUAGCCAUACAGACAAAACACACACACACACACAUACGCAACAUACGAAUGUGUGUCCUCGCCUGCGAGGAAAUUCUAGUUGUUAAGGGAGCGUGAGUCUUAUUUGAUAAGAUUACGUUUUAAGGGUCAGUUGCAUUAACAGGCUUGGUUAAUUGACGCGAUAGCAAGCGAUAAUUCUAGCUAGUAGGAAUACAAAAGGAGAAACCUUCCGGUUAUAUAACCGCGUUAAUCUUAGUUGAUUAAUUUUAGUUAAGUAGUAAAACUUAAUCGAUUUAAAUUAUAUUUAAAUUAUAUCCUUUAUCACACGUUUCUCAGUUAACUCCUAGGUUCAAUCCAAGUUAACUAAAGAAUCGAGUUAAUUUAAUCUCGAGAUGGGUCUGAAUUUGAUCCAUGUUAACUUCAGUCAAACAUGCUUAGUGCUGACGUUAGUGCAAUCGUCCCUGAAGUUUAGUUAUACCUUAAUUAAUUCUCCGUAGAUCGUAGUUCUAGCCAAUAAUAUAUAGAUAAGAAUGAAAGUUUAUUUAAUCGCAGAUAGUGCUAAUCGACACGUUUCCGUUUAGCCACGUUGGUGCAACCGGCUCUAAAAUAAAUGUAAGAAAAAAAAAACGCAGCGUUCUGCGCCAAGCGGGAGCCCUCCACGACUGCAACGUGUCGAAGCUAGAUGAAAUAGCCGUUAUCAAAUAAGAAUGACAAAAUGACAUUUUUUAAGACGAACAACCGAGAUUAGAGGAGAUUAGAGGGUAAUGAGACUCGAGUGGUCGUUUAGCGCUAAAUGCGACACGUUCGCAGCCCGUGGCUCGUCCAAGUAGCUCAAGCCCCCGUCUCCGAUUGUCGAUUGCGUGAUUAGGCGACGGGAAGUGUACGUGUCAAACGUUUUUUGUAUAUUUGUAAAACUUUCGAUAUCGGCGGGAUUCGUCGCCGCGACGAGCGAUUGCUUUUGAAUGUACACUUCUUCUAGCGAAAUGUGAUAUUACUGAUAAACGGGCGAUACUUUGCGUCGAGCGAAACGCUGGGAACGUUAGGCGAAUCGAACAUUCAUAUACAGGCUCUCCCGGCAUCGUCGUGUACUUUGCUCUCGGUUUUCCGGCUAACGCGCAUUUCUCAAGCGUGACACCCGCGGGGUAUACCCUGUAAGCGAAACGAAGCUUCCAAGCCCUGGUUGUGAAAAACGCGGUAAAUUCGUUCGGAGGUCCGAUCAAGUUCCGAUUUGAGAUUUGAUUUUGAUCGGUGGUACAAUCGCUUGGCACAGAAUGUAGAAUGCAUCCUCUCUCCUAUGCCAAAGUAUGCAGCUGUAUCCAGAGUACAACAUCUGCGUAUCUUCGUUUCGCAUUAAAUGUACGUAACUUUACGUAGAAAGUUUUUUCUUCGCAACUAUUUAUUAUAUUGUUAACUCCGGAUAUCCGCAGGACUUGGCGUAUUAUUGAAUUGUCACACGAGUAUGAAAGGAUGGAUUAUCGAUUAAAGAAACAUACGAGAUGUUGUACUUUAGCCGCACAAAACAGAUAACAUUAUUAUUUACGUAUAAUUGCCGAAUGCUAGUCACAAAUACUGCAUUUUUUCAGUUGGAGAUUUCAGUAUUGUUUAUUAAUAAAAUACCAAUACCAAUUUAC